AUGUCAACAGCACGUAAUAUCGUUAGUGCAGAUGUAUUUGAUCAAAAUCUUGAACACGUUGCAUUACUAUCCAAUGAAUUAUUACCGAGCGAAUAUUUUACCAAAGCUUUAGCUGAAUUUUGUGAUCAUGCAGCAUAUCAUAGUGAUGUGCACUCAAUUUCUAUGCCAAUAAUUUUACUCAACAUGGCAGCUACAAGCACCGAAAAAAGUGGUAUUUGGCGAUCAAAUGUAGAACGUUUUCCUUUAAAUCUGUAUAGCUUGUUGGUAGGAAAUAGUUCUUUUGGAAAGUCAAAACUCUUAAGAUUGAUUACAUAUGGUCUUCAAGUGAUCAGUGAUGCUUUUCCACACAAGUUUCAAUCGAGUGCACAUGAUAAUAGCCAUAGUUUUCCGGUGUACAAGGAUGCAACAUGUGCUGGAAUUAUAGCUUCAGUUAAUGGUUCUACUCGAGUAUUAAUAUCUGAAGAAGCAGAUGUAUUGUUACCGUCGAUAGGUGCUGUCUUACCAUCACCGUUCAUAAAUAAAGAUGUACCUACGGUAAAAUCUGAAGCAAGAGUUGAAAUGAUGAAGAUGUUCGAUGGUGAUUGCCAUAUGCGAAAGUUGAAAGGGAGCAUAUCGAAAAUGGAUAGUUUUAAACAUUCUUUUAUUGGAGCAAGCAGUGGCGGUGUAAUCGUCACCGCUUUACAGAGAAAGUCUAAUGGAUCUCAAGUUGAUGCAUUUUUUGAACGUCUUAUUAUCUGGUGUUUACGUCCAACGCCAUUAAUGUUUGUGCCAGAGAGUGAGAAGAAAAAGCCAGAAAUGCACAAGUUUCCAUCGUUUGAAGAAUUCUAUGUUAUUUUGGGCUGGUUUGAAAACUUUGAGCUAUAUUAUGAUGUUGAAAGUGAUAAAAUGAUGAUGGAUUACGGAGUCCUGUCAUUAUUCCAAAAUUCUAGAAUUCUCGUAGAAUUCCGAAAUGAAUGGCAUAAUAAAAUUCCAUUUUUAUGA